AUGGCUUCUAGCUCGAUAUCUUCCUAUGCCUCAGGCACUUGGACUGCCCAGGAGAACAAGGAGUUUGAGAAAGCUCUUGCUGUUUAUGAUGCUAACACACCUGACCGUUGGGCCAAAGUUGCAAGGGCUGUUGGAGAGAAAACCCCAGAAGAGGUGAAGAGGCAUUAUGAAAUUCUUGUGGAAGAUGUCACAUACAUUGAGAGUGGCCAAGUGCCCUAUCCCUACUGCAGAAACUCUCGGGCUGCCUGUAACAGGGGAGGUAUACAACAUAUACCACCCCAACCCACCCCAUCAAAACACCACGAACACUUUAAAAUCCAUCAUAUAAUCAUCAGUCAUCAUGGAUUGGAUGAAGAAUCUAUAAGUUCCAUUGAUGCGUCAUUAUACUCGUAA